GGCCAGCAGCCGCUGAGGCCUUGCUACGCCUUUUCCUCUGCUCUGCCCGAUGCCCGGGCUCCAGUGACUGGCACAGGCGGGUGCACGGAGCAUGGGACAAUGAAGAUGAUGGAGGGCUACCGGGGCUUCUUGGGUCUGCUAGUGUCUGCGCUGCUCCUUGGCUUCCUGUCGGUUAUCUUCACCCUCAUCUGGGUCCUUCAUUAUCGAGAGGGGCUCGGCUGGGACGGGGGCGCCCCGGAGUUUAACUGGCAUCCAGUGCUGAUUGUCACUGGCUUCGUCUUCAUCCAGGGCCUCGCAAUUAUUGUCUACAGAUUGCCCUGGACCUGGAAAUGCAGCAAGCUCCUGAUGAAAUCCAUCCAUGCUGGGUUAAAUGCUGUUGCUCUGAUCCUUGCAAUUAUUGGUGUGGUAGCUGUUUUUGACUUCCACGAUGCCAAGAACAUUCCUAACAUGUACAGUCUGCACAGUUGGAUUGGACUAGUUGCCGUCAUACUUUAUGCUGCACAGCUUCUCCUAGGUUUUAUCAUAUUUCUGCUUCCUUUUGCUCCUCUGGCUCUCCGAGCAAUUCUUAUGCCAAUCCAUGUUUAUUCUGGCCUGCUCAUCUUUGGAACGGUGAUUGCAACAGUCCUUAUGGGAGUGACAGAGAAAUUGAUUUUUGCCUUGAAAAAUCCUGCAUAUAAAGAUUUACCACCAGAAGGUAUUUUUGUCAAUACCCUUGGCAUUCUUGUUCUGGUGUUUGGUACUAUCGUUUUUUGGAUAGUCACUAGGCCUCAGUGGCAGCGUCCCAAAGAACCAAAUGCUAAAUUUCUUCAGCCAAAUGGAAGUACUCCAGAGGGUAAUGAUUAUUCCGUGACAGGCGACUUUGGCAAUGUGGACAAAUCCGAUGUGGACAGCGAAGCGACAAGAAAAAGGAAUCUCAAACUGGAUGAGGCUGGACAGAGAUCAACCAUGUAAAGGGCUCUUUGCAUGUUGUCUUAUAAUCUCACUUCAAAACAUCUCCAGCUCAGCUGUAUCUAGAUAUGAAGAAUCUUCUUAUUCAGUUACAAAAACCAUUAAAUUUUUAUAUAUCUUUAUUUUAA